GUUGAGGACUCCCGGGAAGAAAGAAAUAGCUUACUCUUAGCUGUACCGCGGAUCUAGAUCUAUUGUCCCCUAUGAUAAUCUAAAAACGCUAUUAAGAUAAGGUUUCUUUGCGAGGAAUUAAUCCAUUCGAUUCUUUCACCUAGAUCUGUACUGGAUUCCGUCUGUCAAUUGACAUAGAGAAAGGUCAUUAUUGAAUCAUCCAAGCAGAGUGGUAUUUCGCCUUCCCUUUCGGUUUGUGAAUCAGGUUUUGGUUUAUGUUUGUUGUUUUCGAAUUCACGUAUAUGUGAAUGCAGGUGGAAAUGACGAUAUAACGGAGUGGUUAGGCACGCCUUUCAGAUAAGGCUGUUGCCGGACGUCUGUUGCUUAUCCGGCUACGGCAUAUCCCGCUCUGUUGAGCCGCGGCAGAGAAUUUCCAAUCAAAUUGGCAAUCCUAAACUCGAUUAACCGAGCAAGAAAACGGAUGCGCCCCAUCAAACUUGCAAAAUGCAUCUCAAAUUGACAUAUAAAAUGAAAAUGCGAUUCUCCUCUUUCAAUGCAAUGUUCUUUCGGUAUCAGAAAACCUAUCUGUAUGCAGGUCGCUACUUAACUUGACAAGCAGUGUUUCAAGUGUUGCUGUGUCAAAUCGAGAUUGUGUGGGUGUUCAGUGGAUCAAUCCCUGUAUUAAUGGUUCUGGCGGGGCAGUGGGCGUGGGACUGUAAAUCCUCUUUCGUUCGCUGGGCCUGGGCCCUUUGGACUGUAAAUCCAAACGGAGUUAGUGGUUCGAUUCCACUCAUGAACGAGAGCGAGACUGAACGAAAGAAAAUGCAAGUGAAACGAGACGAGAAUCCAAUUUUAGGCUUAUUUCCUAAAAGCGGUGGUUCUCGCCUCCCUGUGCCGCGGGGUGGGCGACUGAGGUUCGAGUCUUUUUCGAUCGGGUAGAUCCAUACCAUAUGUUCCGGGGGGGAGACGAGGUGUAGCGCAGUCUGGUCAGCGCAUCUGUUUUGGGUACAGAGGGCCAUAGGUUCGAAUCCUGUCACCUUGAUGUGGUAUUCACAGGGGCCGAAGUGCAAAGCCCCGUAGCCUAUCCGUGGUCGGGAAGGCAGGCGAAAAGCACGCACAAAAAAAAAAGAAAGCUAAAAUCUUUUUUUUUCUUUUCUUCUUUUGAAACCCAUUAUCAGGCUUUUGCUUUUGAUAUUCUAUAUCUAUAUAAUAUUAUAAAGCUAUUUCACUGGUUUGAUUUACAUACCUCAGUCAUGUUAUUUGUCUAGCCUUCAAUCAGAAUAGCCUCUCCACCGGUUCCGAAGAUUCUUUCGGCAUCAAUGUGCUUUUGGAAUCUUCCUAUGAAACAAAUAACAUUAAGGAACUGUUUAGGAAAGAACAGGCCUUAGUAGAAAGCGAGCUUUUUCGCGUAUAGCCAACCUCGAAGCCCAAUUAGCGCACGGGCUGCCCCCUCAACUCAACCCUGGCGAGUACGCUAACUUGGUCAGGGAGCAUUUAGACGGUGCAGUUAGUAUUGACCACUACCGCCAAGUCCAUAAUUCCUAAAUUGAUGAAGUACACAUAAUGGAGCUCAAAAGCCGAUUACAAAAUCUACUUUUUGAGCAUCUUGAAACCGCACAUAAAAAAUAUUAUGAAUGAAUCACCUUACAAUAACAUACGAGAGACUGCUUUCGAUUUUUUUGAACAACAAGUCGAACCUAAUGAACAAUUCCAUUCAAAGGAAUGUUCUAGAGGGGGGCGCUUUUCCACUAUAUUCGCGAUAUUGAACAAAAUGGAAGAAAUUCUUCACGAUUUCUAGAGUUCCGGGAUUACUUCACUGAUAUCGAUUUUAGCCUAAGCACGGCCUCUAGGUUAGUUCAAAGUGUAGUACAACGAACUAUCGAUACACCGAAAACGAGUAAAGAUGGGUACAUAAAAUGAAGACAUCGUGGAUUACCCAAAUUGGGACGACGAUAGGACAUUUCACUUUCUUUCGCAAUAUUUCUGAUCAUGACUCAACCACUAGGAAAGGGGAUUGCUUACUCUCAGCCACGUUUUUCGCUUAUGCUUAGUCAAGUGAGGAUUCCAUUCGAAGUAACGUAACAGGAGCACCAUCUUCAAAACUUCUCGGGAUCCGGAGUUUAUCGAGAAAAGGUCCCAUCCUUCAAUAUCAUGAUUGGGUCAACCAGGCCAGAUCAUAAGUGAAAUAGUUUGAUCGGGUCGACCAGGUCAGGCCCGAUCAUGAGUGAAUAGAAAAUCGAAAACGUACAUAGCUGUUCCAGCGGAAAUACUUUGUUUAAUUCUACCACUUCUACUAGGAGUAGCCUUUUUAGUGCUAGCUGAACGUAAAGUAAUGGCUUUUGUGCAACGUCGAAAGGGUCCUGAUGUAGUGGGAUCGUUCGGAUUGUUACAACCUCUAGCAGAUGGUUUUAAAUUGAUUCUAAAAGAACCUAUUUCACCAAGUAGUGCUAAUUUCUCCCUUUUUAGAAUGGCUCCAGUGGCUACAUUUAUGUUAAGUCUGGUCGCUUGGGCCGUUGUACCUUUUGAUUAUGGUAUGGUAUUGUCAGAUCCGAACAUAGGGCUACUUUAUUUGUUUGCCAUAUCUUCGCUAGGUGUUUAUGGAAUAAUUAUAGCAGGUUGGUCUAGUAAUUCGAAAUAUGCCUUUCUAGGAGCAUUACGAUCUGCAGCUCAAAUGGUCUCUUAUGAAGUCUCUAUUGGUCUUAUUCUUAUUACUGUACUAAUAUGUGUAGGUCCCUGUAAUUCGAGUGAGAUUGUCAUGGCGCAAAAGCAGAUAUGGUCCGGUAUUCCCUUGUUCCCCGUAUUGGUUAUGUUCCUUAUUCCUCGUCUAGCAGAAACGAAUCGAGCUCCGUCUGAUCUCCCAGAAGCGGAAGCGGAAUUAGUUGCAGGCUAUAAUGUAGAAUAUGCGCGGGAUGCGAUCCUUAAUAGUUCACUGUUGGCGGAAGCCAAUGUCUCGGGACUCAUUCUGACUUAAACAAGGGGUGGGUCUUUACCAACUUCCAAAUCCAAGAUUUAGGGAAAAAAAAGAGGGGCACUCUUCAUUCUUCAUUCGAAACUCAUGAAUGUCGGGUCGGAGGUUUUUGCCUUUUUAUCAAAAAGGGGAGUUGGGUAAAGCAAACUCCCUCCUUGGACGAGCACGGGGCUUAGUCAAGUAGAACCGGGUUGCGCUGCUUGAUGCUCCGAUCGAAAACAAAUCAGUGGGGCUAUGCCGGUACGACGGAAUAUGCGUUAGAAAGGUCAAUCCCUCCCCCCCUUUAUUUUUUUUUAAUGAAAAACCGGGCCGAACUUCUAAAAAGCAGCCCACCCGCUUCCAUAGAACAAUAUCGCGGCAACGUAGACCUAAGUGGAUUUAUUGGAUUCUGGGGAACCAUCACAAGUACGGCCGGCCUAUAGAACGAGAAUGCCGUGUCGUCCAGCGGAGCUUAGAAGAAGGUGACUCGGAGCCUAAGGAAGGUGACUCGCGCAGACAGCUGACUCCUUUUCAAUAGAAAGGAAUAGCCAAACCUACCCAGCUGGCUGGUCAAUCUCAGUGAUCUUAUCGGCCGGCAAAGCGGAGACGGACGACCACGGUCCCGACCUUACCAGCACCGUAGGUUUACUAAUCAAUGAAGCCCCUCAACCUACUAUCUUUUCUUACAAACUCAACCAAGCCUAACCAAACCCCAUGCUAACGACAUGUUCUUGAUAUUGAUUGAGUUGGAGGGAGUCAGAGACUACCACGGAAUCCUUCCAUAGUCACCCCGGUGACCUUCGUCACCAAAGCGUCACGACAGUUUCCAAGACCCCUCAUAUAAUCUCCAGUGGGGAUCAGUCGGAGCACGUAGGAAUGCCGACCACUACAUAAGCCACGUCUGGCUGAGGCGAGCAGCAAGCGGGGGAGAGUCUUUUUAAGUACAAGAACGUUGGGGUGGGACGCUAGUACUUAAACUAGGGUAGCUUCUUAGCGCUAAUCUUGCGUUUUCAGCAGUUAGUUGUAGCGCGCCUUCCCUCCUUCUCUCAUUUCGGAAAGAUUUGGCAGUAUUUUCUUAUGAUGACCUGGUCGAGAGAGUACGAAACAUCGGUGUAAAAGAUUGA